AUGUUCCAAGGGUUGGAUUGUUCGCCCAUUAAAGCAGUACGUGAGUUAGGUUCAGAACGUCGUGAGCCAGUUCGGUCCAUAUCUGGUGUGGGCAUUAGGGCAUUGAGAGGACCUUUCCCUAGUAGGAGAGGACUGGGAAGGACGCACACCUCUGGUGUACCAGUUAUUGUGCCCAAGAUAAAUGCUGGGAGAAGCAAAUACAACGGGGUGGAUCUAGAAAGUUGUCAACUUCUUGGCCUUAUGGUAUAUCUCAGUAUCGAGGAUGAUACCAAAGAUCUGUAUUUGUUUAUAAACUCUCCUGGCGGCUGGGUAAUACCUGGAGUAGCUAUUUACGAUACUAUGCAAUUUGUACAACCAGAUAUCCAUACAAUAUGCAUGGUAUUAGCCGCAUCAACGGGAUCUUUUAUCUUGGUUGGAGGAGAAAUUACCAAACGUCUAGCAUUCCCUCACGCUUGGCGCCAAUGA